AUGUCACAGGCACAGCAUGCACCAUCGUUUAUGUCGCAAACCUCAUCUACAACAGAAAAUCAUCCAUUUCUUCGCAUUCAAAUAUUAAGUUUUCAAGUAAACAAUCAACAAAUAGACUUGACAACAGUUAAAACACAAGUUGAACUCAAACAAAAAGAACAAUCAUCUCAAAACGAACGCGAAAUUCGAGUUAAAUUUCCACAAUAUUUUGAGAAAGAUCAAUGUAUUCCAUUUGACGCCGGAUUAUUGACAAAGAGACAAAUUACAAUCCGUAUAGCUACUAAAACUGCUAACGAAGCGACUGCUAUUCCGAUUUAUGAAUAUCGCGCUGAUUUAGAUUAUCAUUUCUCACCAAAUGCCUCUGCCAAUAUGAUAAUCAAAUAUAAAGAUCCAUCUGGUAGAACAAUAAAUAAUUCAACUCAGAUGCAUGGCAAUCGAAUUGCAGAAAGGCGUCAGCAUAUUCAGAAACAUUUCGGACAUGAAUUUGUGGCGAAAAUAUUUAAAACACCGACAUUUUGCUCAGUGUGUUCUGAGUUUUUAUGGGGUUUCCGAUAUCAAGGCUAUCAAUGUCAACGAUGUGAUUGUGUUGUACAUAAAGCGUGUUACAAUCAAUUUGCUAGUCCCUGUAAGGGCAAAAAGUAUCCAGAAUUAAAAAUAGAUGUUGCACAUCAUUUUGAGCCACAAUCGUUCACAUUAAAACCGGUGUUUUGUGAUCAUGAUGGAAGUUUUAUCAAGCCGGGGCAUGCACACAAAUGCACACGUAUGAAAUUAUAUUUUUCUAAAAUCUUGUAUGAAUUGGAUAGAGUAAAUAAUGUUUCAGAUUGUCCAAUGGUUGUUCAUCGUCGAUGUCGGGAUAAAGUGGGAAAUUACUGCGGAGUCGAAGAAAAUGUUUUUGCAUUAUACGAAAAAUGGAAAGAAAAUUAUGAUCAAGAUGAUCUACAUACCUACAACAGUGACUUAUAUAAUAUCUAUUAUAAUUUGGAGCAAGCAGAUAAAAGAGGAGCUGUCCAAGAUGAAAUGGAACGAAUUUCAAGAGACUAUCAUCCAAAUGUGACUAUUGGGAUGAAAGUGGAAGAAUUUCAAUUUAUAAAACCUUUAGGAAAUGGUAUGAAUGGUUCGGUUUAUCUUGUUAAAAGAGAUCGAGAUCAUUUUGCCAUGAAAAUAUUACGAAAAAACGUUGUACUCGAGGGACAAGAUGUGGGUUAUGUCAUGACAGAACGAAAAAUAUUAGUAGCUAGUCAAAAUAAUCCGUUCAUUGUACAACUACUAUAUUCGUUUCAAAAUGCUGACAGACUAUUUUUCCUAAUGGAGGUGGCACGCGGAGGAAAUUUUUACAGAUUAUUACAACGCCAAGCACACUCACACUCUCCAUUUUCGUAA